AUGAAGACCCUCAUUAAACCUGAAAAUGGCUGGCAUUUUAAUGCUGUUAAUGCAUCUACUGAUGGUCUGCAAGACUUCCGCAUCGAAGAUAUGGCUGCUGACUUGCAGCAUCUUGCGCCAGCCCUUUGGGAUCUCCUCGAUAGCCUUUUAACAGCUACAAGACCGUGGACGGCCUCAUCAUCACCUGACGGGGGCGACGAGUGGCUGGAAGACCCGGACAUUGAUGAGAGCCCGGACGUGAUACCAUCACAGCCGAAAGACAAGGCUUCUCGCCGGAAAGCACUUUUAACAAUUAGCAGCAGUCAAAAAUGUAAUAUGCUCGGAAGCGUUAUGGGUGUCUUCCUCCACGCCUGUAAUACCCCUUCGAAGGUUAUUCAAGCCUUAGCUCACAUGGGCAUAUCAAUCUCAGUCAACACAGUCGAGAAGGCAGUGACAUCAUUAAGUAAGGAGACACGGUCUAAGCUACGAGCACUCGGACAGACAUUCCUGGCAAGCUAUGCAUAUGAUAACUUCGAUAUAAACUUCUCAACAAGCUCCUCGACGAUAGAGAAGUCUUCCGAUACGCUCACGCACUUGACAUCUGGGGAUGUCAUAAAACUGGAACAUGGGGUCACGCAGGAGGAUCUCCAAUGCUCCGAUAUCCUAUGGGAACGCUCGAGACUAAACCCAAACGCCGACCCAAGCAAGAUUCCACGGAACAUGGAGGCAAUCAUCAACUUACUGAAACAAGGCGGAAUAGGACAGCCGGAGAAUCAGGCAAAGGCUACAGGCCACAUGGACAUGGACAGCGAUGAUGACAGCAACGGUGACGGCAACAGCAAUGAGGAGUGGUGCGACGCCGAUGUGAAGGACAUUGUUGACUUCGUGGUUCUCAUUCACGGUGACCUUGGGACAUCAGAGCGCGUGCAGUCAAUACUUGAACGCCGCGCUCCGGAACGAUCUCGCUGGAACCGAUAUCAGUUCGUCGUGUUCGUAAUGGGGCUGUUUCACCUUAAGAUGGCUUGUGCAGAUGCCAUAUGGCGCAUAUUCCUCGAGAAGACCCGAGCUCGACUCGAUGAGAAUAGCUUGAUGCGACUGGCUGCAAUCUAUCGCAGCAAGGAAACGGGAAAGCUAGGCUCUGGGCCCGGGUUCCGGCGCAUGCAUGAAGUCAUCCGAGAGAUUGGGACAGCUCUUCGACUUGACUGCUGGAGGGUCGAAGCACAGAAGCGUCGCAGUAGCUGCAACUCGUUAGAAGCUCUCGCUGAAACAAAGUUGCCCUACUCACAGAUCGUGGAGAUGUCACAUGCCCUGGCGCGCAAUGGCUAUGUUGCAGACGAUACGUUAUACGGCCUCCGAGAACAGCCUUCAGCAGUGCGGGAUCAGCAGAAGGAGAACACAUCACUGAUGCACAAGUACAUGCUGCUGUAUGAGGAGAUCUCAUACGGUAUGAAUCACGGGGACAUCGGACGCGUCGAAACAGCCUUCCCGUCAUGGAUACUCAUAUUCAAAGCCGUCGGGAAGAAUAAAUAUGCAAACGCGAUGGAGAAAUUCCUUACUGACGUGCACUUUGUGUUCCCUGAAGGACUUAGACGAGCAGUCCGUUACAAUAUCUUGGUUAACCCGACGGGCAAGGAGGGUAAAUUCAGAGGCGUUGACUGGGUUGUGGAACUGAAUAACCUAUUCACCAAGUUCACCCAUGGUGGCAGCAGUUCAAACUACACAAAAGAUCGUGUCAUACUCGAGUCACCUCUCAUAGAUGUGUUUCGAAGUUGUACCGAAAACAUUGAGCGGAAUCUGCACCUAACAGACCUAACCCGACGUCACAGCCCCCCAGAUUUGUCAAAAACAUACAAGGCACUUCGAGACUACAUGAAAACAGAAGGAACGAAUGAAUACCGGGCUGGACGGCCCACCCAAUACGUCAUCACUAACGCAAUAGACGUCGGCUGGGCGAACUACCUGUCCAAUCUAGAUAAUACAGAAGAUACGGAUGAAAUCCUGAGUGAUCGCAAUAAGCCCACGGCCGAAGAUUUAGGUGCUGAGGACUGA